AUGAAGACCAACCGAGUUGCCAAAGCGGCUCUUGCAGUUGGACUUUCAGCCACUGCCCUUGCUCAGAGCUGCGACAAAGUUCUUGUCCCAUCUUAUGACCUCCCCGUUGUUGCGGCCGGAUGGCAAGCACAACUGAUCGCCGGCGAGUUGACCAAGCCCCGGAGCCUUCAGUUUGACAGCUCGGGUGCGUUGCUGGUUGUCGAGAGCGGAAAGGGUAUCACUCGUCAUACGCUCAAAGACAAUGGAGGCACUUGUAUCUCUGUUUCUGAGUCCAAGACGCUCAUCGAUGAGAAGACGCUGAACCACGGCAUUGCUCUCUCCAAAGAUGGCAAGAUCCUCUACGCCUCAUCCGCCUCGGCCGUCUAUGCCUGGGACUACGACUCCAAGGCCGGCACCGUUAGCGGCAAGCGCGAGAUCGUCACCAACAUGAGCAACAACGACCUCGUCACCCGCACCCUCCUCCUCUCGCAGAAGGAAGAUGGCUACCUGCUCGUCUCGCGCGGCAGCGCCGACGGCAACGAGGCCCAAGCGGAGGUCCUCAACAAUGGCCUGUCCCAGAUCCGCGCCUUCGACAUCUCAAACCUGACCAGCUCCACAAAGGCCUACAACUACAACGAAGACGGCAUCGUGCUCGGCUGGGGCCUGCGCAACUCGGUGGGCGUCGGCGAGCACCCCGUCACGGGCGGCAUCUACGCCGUGGAGAACUCCAUCGACGGCGUCACCCGCAACGGCAAGGAUAUCCACGAGAACAACCCGGGCGAGGAGCUCAACUUCUUUGGCUACCUCAACGGCACCACCAACGGACAGGGCCGCAACUACGGCUACCCCAAGUGCUUCGCCGUCUGGGAUGUCUCUGAAAUCCCCGAGAACGACAACCUCAAGAUCGGCUCGCAGUUCGCCAUCACCGAGGAGGAAAACGCCCAGACCGUCUCCGGCAACAAGCUGACAGACGAAACCUGCGCCUCCGAUUACGUCGCGCCCCGCCUGACUUUCCCGGCCCACUACGCGCCCAUCGACAUCAAGUUCUCCCCCCAAAAAGGCGACGUCGCCUACGUCACGUUCCGCGGCUCCUUCGACAAGAAGAACCCCGUCGGCUACCGCCUCUCUUCUAUCCAGUUCGACCCCGCCACCGGCGAACCUACUGUGUCAGCUGAAAACGGCCGCGACGCCCUAAAGGAUAUCAUUGUAAACAAAGAUAAUUCGGUGUGCCCGGAUAAGUGCUUCAGACCGGUCGGGUUGGCGUUUGAUUCGGAGGAGAGACUGUGGAUGACGAGUGAUUCCACGGGCGAGAUCUAUGUUUUGCUGAAGACGGCGAGCAGUACGGAGAAUGGGACGAUUGUUACGGGAACGGAUGGUCCAGAAAGCUCGCCGAGCGCGACGGGCGAGGAUGAGAAUGCUGCGGGCAGGCUUCUUGGGACGAGGGGGGCUUGGUUGUGGGCAGGGGUUGUUGGUGUUGCUGGGGCGCUGGCUUUGAUUUAG